AUUCGUCCCAAUUAAAAUAAAACGUAAGGCAAGAGACCGUAAUAACAGCAUUUAUGCAGCACUUUCCCCAAAACGCAUCAAUUAACGAGUAUCGAGAUCAUUUUCGAAACUUCGAAGCGUAUCGGCCGGUCUCCGGCACUCUCGCUCGUCCCGAGGAUCGGUUGGCCGUGAGCGUGCAACGCGAGGCCGCUAUCUUUCUUCCCACCACGGCGAAAGGGGACCGCCGCUCGCGGUGGCGAGCAAAAGCAAGAGUCAACGUACGUAUACCCGGUUCCGCUGCCCGCGAGGAGCGAGAAUACUACCAGCGGUGUGCCAUCGAAAGGAUUCUCUUAGUGCGAGGCUUCGAAGCAUCGGAACCGGCAAACGUCACCAGCGUUGUUUCGGAGGACGAUGGGGAUGAACUACUAUCGAAUAUGAAUCUGACAACGUUCAAGGAAAGAUACCGAAGGUUAAUACCCUACAUGACUUUUUACGUCGCCAACAAUUACUUGAACACUCAAGCUGCGUUAGCACAAAAUUAUGCGAACGAAUUGUCAGGUACCUUGCUUCAGAAACUCCCGUUGCAGCAACCUCUAACUCAGUUCAUUGCUAUGUCGAGACAAGAUGGUAACAAAUACCGCGUCAGUUCACCCAACCAAGACAAGAAAUUCGUUCCGUCAGUGCAAUUCGAUCCCAGAAAUAUCGGAGGUGACAACGACUAUUUCGCGCCAGUCAAAUAUAACGCCAAGGUCAACUACGCCGACUAUUCCACUCCGUCUUAUCAGUUGUAUCAGGUGCAAAAGACCUAUCCCGAAAUUACUACGCCUGCCAGUCCGAUCCUGCACAAGGGCAAUCGGUACUUCGUCACUGCAAGACCCUCCUUACGACCUUUCGCUCCCGUGGUUAAAAAACCGCUGCUCGGCAACCCGCAGGACGAUUACGAUCAGGAUUACUCGGGAAGGCCGUCGAACGCCGCUGUUAAUUAUCCCAACAAGGAAUUCGAGAGAUUGAGAUACAUUCCGUCGGUGCACGCGAAUGUGCAGCCGGUAAAUCCGACAGUCGUCUCGCAGGUCUAUCGGAAGCCGAAUGUGAACAAUCUGAUCGAGAGUUUCCAACUGUCUGAGCGACUACCGGAAAUGUUGAACAAAGACAACAUCGAUAGUAGCAUCAAAACCCUCGUGGAGAUUCUCAAUAUCUUGCACAAUACACGGCAGGAAGAUUUUCCGCAACUGCAAAGACCAUCGCUACCACCGCCCUCGCCACCCAGAGUGAUCGGCUACGUUUACAAGCCGAAAAUAUAUACGCGACCGAAAGUGAUCACCGAGACGAGAUUCCAGGUGACACCGAACCCUCUGCUAAUCACCGACGAUCCCGAAAGAUAUAAAGCGACGGACGACGAUGACCAAAUCAAAUCGCCACUGCAAUCCGAUUACAAUAUAAAUCAUGUAAAGGAUGAAAAAAUAGAAUACUACAUACCCUAUGUUCAAGAGGUCUCGACCGAACCCAAGCAACAAAAACCCAAACCAACCCCCUCGCCUGCAACCCCCACUGAACACUCGUACGAGAUCACGGAAGACUUGAGCGAUGACAUCCUGCAUGACGAACGGUACACCCUGCCAACCGAGGCAUCGACGAGUAAGGAAUACGUAACACCGAACGAAGUAACACGCCCGGGACCGAAAAAGCCGCAGCCGGCGUUAAAAUACGGUGCGACACGCGGAAAACCCAAUGUCGACUAUCCUGCAUACGCGACUAUACCGGAAACGAAAUUCAGUUGCAAGGAGCAAAGAUACAAAGGAUUUUUUGGCGAUCCAGCAACUGGAUGUCAAGUAUGGCAUUACUGCGAUCUCAACGGCGGUAAAUCGUCGUUCUUAUGUCCGAACGGCACGAUAUUCAGCCAGGUAGCAUUAACCUGCGAUUGGUGGUUCAAUGUAAAGUGCGAAACGACUACUCAAUUAUACGUGUUAAACGAACGUUUGUAUAAAUACAUUCUACCAAUUAUGCCCAAAUUUCCCGAAGAUUUUACCGGUCCGGAAGUAGAUCGAUAUUUGGAACUCAAGUUCAAAGAAAUGGAGGCGAAAAUGAAGGAAAAGAAGUUGAAAGAGAAGAAAUUGCAGCAAGAGGAGAAGAAUAAGAACAAGAGCAAGUCACAAACGGCGGACGAUAACGGCGAAGAAUAAACAUAGAGCGUUAAAU